AUGCCCCUUAAAAAUCUGCGGCCAGUAACCCCCGGCACACGGAAUGCGGUUCGCCCUUCGUUCGAAGAGAUAACCACCAACCAGCCCGAGAAAUCGCUGCUUGAACCGCUUCAGAAACGCGCCGGUCGGAAUAACAAGGGUCGUAUCACUGCUUACCAUCGCGGAGGCGGUUCCCGUCGGAUGUACCGCCGCGUUGAUUUCAAACGCCGUAAAGACGGCGUCCCAGCUGUCGUCAAAACAAUCGAAUACGACCCGAAUCGCACCACUCGCAUCGCCCUGCUGCACUACGUCGACGGAGAGAAGUCCUACAUCCUGGCUCCACUAAACCUUUCAGUAGGCGACAGAAUCAGUUCCGGGCCCGAUGCCGAGAUUAGCCCCGGCAACUCCUUGCCGCUGCGCAACAUACCGACCGGUACGGUAGUCCACAACCUGGAACUCACUCCCGGUCGCGGCGGCCAGUUGGUGCGCGGGGCGGGCACCGGCGCCCAGGUAUUGUCCAGGGAAGGCGAAUACGUACUUAUACGCCUGCCGUCCGGGGAAAUGCGCCGCAUCCUCCUCAAUUGCCGCGCCAGCGUCGGGCAGCUUUCGAAUCCCGACCACAAAAACGAGAGCCUGGGUAAGGCCGGCGCCAGACGCCACCUGGGCCGCCGCCCUCACGUUCGCGGCGUGGCGAAAAAUCCGGUGGACCAUCCGCAUGGCGGAGGCGAAGGCCGCUCCCCAAUCGGUAUGCCCGGACCCAAAUCUCCCACCGGCAAACCUACCCUGGGCCAUAAAACCCGCAACAAGAAGAAGACGUCCAGCCGCUUUAUCACUCGUGGACGGCGGCAACGGCGGUAA